AUGCCUCCCAAGAAAGCCGACCCAAAAGGCAAGCGCAAAGCCAACCCCAAGGGCAAGGGCAAAGCCGUCGCCACGCCCAAGGCCACUUCCUCCAAAGUGCAAAAGCCAAAGAAACGGACGACGCAGUCUCAGGUCGACAACAACAGCGCUGGCUCAUCACAAGCAGCAGCAGCAGCAGCAGCAGCAGCAGCAGCAGCAGCAGCAGCGAUAGAGCAAUGCCGUGCGGCCAUUCGUCUCAUGAUCAAUAUGCUUGACAAUGAGGAUCCAGCGCUCAAGUUGGAUGAUGACGAUGAAGGUGACGACGAUGGGGUAAGCCGCAAGCAGGCCCGCAAGGCUUAG